AUGGGAUUACUAAGCAUCAUCCGCAAGCAAAAAGAGAAAGACAGCGAAAUCCGAGUGUUGGUGCUCGGCCUAGACAAUUCGGGGAAAACCACCAUUAUUCGGAAACUCAUGGGCUGCGACACGCAAAGCGUCGCGCCCACCAUGGGAUUCCAGAUCCACACGUUUGCAUGGCAGGACUUCCACAUCAACGCCUGGGACAUUGGCGGCCAGCUGACGCUCCGCAGCUUCUGGGGCAAUUAUUUCGAUAGUGUGGACGUCGUGGUGUGGGUCGUGGACGGCACAAGUGUCGAGAGAUUGCACGAGCUGUACGACGAGCUUCGAAGUAAAGUGGUGCAACAGGAGCAGUUGGCAGGCACGUAUUUCUGUGUUGCCAUCAACAAAACAGACUUGGUGGCCGACCUGCAGCUAGCUCUGGUCCGCCACUCUGUUGAGGCUUCGUUGAGGUUGCUGGCCGAAAUCCCGGCUGAUAGGUACACAGUUAAAUGCGUGUCGGGCCGUGACGGCCGUGGCCUUGUGGAGCUAAUGGAAUGGAUCACAUCGAAGUUUCAGGCCCCUUGA